AUGAGUGAUAAAAACGCUCCUCCCUCCUACCCACCGCCUGCCCACCAAGAUGCAGGGCCUUAUGCACCCCCGCAAGGCCAGUAUGGCCAGCCCUCCGCAGCUGCAGACUACUACAAUCAACCCCAACAAUACGGUCCACCACCAGGUCAAUAUUAUCCACCACAACAAGGUUACCCGCAACAGGGUUACCCGCAACAACCCAUGUAUUAUGCACCCCAGCCUCAAGGCCACUAUGUUGACAACAGAGACAGCAGUCGGGGCACGGGAGGCGGCAUCUGUGCCGGUAUAUUAGCUGGCCUGGCCUGCUGCUGCUGCUUGGAUAUUCUCUUUUAAAUAUUUCCUAAGAAGAAUCCCAGACGGUAUACAAAUCGAUACGUGUAUAUUUGGAGGUUUUUGUCUUGCUGGGUUUUAAUUAUAUCCGUCACAAGAUAGAACUCUUGAGAGCGGUGCGGGAUCCAUUCGGAUGCAGCUCGUAUAGCUCCCUCUCGUACCAUCAUUGGAGACUUUCCUGUUACGCUUAUUCCCUUUGUGUCUUGUUUGAUUUGUUUCUAGGCGCAGAAAUGGUUCAUAUGCAUUGGUUGUCCUGUUUAUAUUCUAUUUUCU